AUGUGUUGGUCCGCAAAGAUGGUGUACAGAGUGACAGGCAUCGAUCAGGGGAGAUCCGAGCGACCGGGAGCAAGGCAGCCUUGCCUAGCCAACGCUCUCUUCUGCAACUAUUUAUGCUCAUUCCCUUCCCGUCCUGACCUACUCUUCCCUCUCCAGCUUCUCACCCAUACUCCUCAGCCAUACUCCUCACCCAUACUCCUCACCCAUACUCCUCACCCAUACUCCUCACCCAUACGUCUCUUGGAUCUCGAGACCAUGUCGCAUAGCUCGGGACUAUCAACAUGCCAGCCUGGAGAAAGUGCGAAUCCUACAGGCAGUCAGGCUCCCGAGGUCGAGAUUGCCAGACGUCGCAGCGCUGCCUCUAAUUCAGCUCGUAUCCACCGAACGAUGCCCUCGGAAGUUGCAAUUGCUCGAUGCCCGUAUCAACCAAGCUCUGCAGCAGGGACGCCCCCUCCCGGUAACGGUUCGUGGCCAUCAACGUCUUGGGCACCUGGGAGUUUCAAGAUGCAGCCCCAGGUCCCAGUCGCAUUGCAAUACCAACGCGCAUGGAGAGCCCAGAAAUGA